CGAGUUCUUUGCCACACGGGGAGGAAACCGGGGACGGCAGCGACAGUAGAAGCUGAGGAGGACGGGGUUGGCUGGUAAAAGGAGGAACUCAAGAUGAGGAGUUGUAAUCGUUUAAAGAGUUUUAAAGCAAAUAUCAAUGAAUAAGGAUUGGUUUUACUUGUGUGAAGAAAGCCUGGCCAUGGAUCAGUUUGGAGCGUACUAAAGAUAUAGAAGCGGAGGGCCUGGUCCCUCUCCCCAUUUUCGUGUCCAUUCUGACCUCAGUUGGGCCUGGGCUAUGCUGCAGGGCGGAUCAUCCACCAGAGCUCCAACAUGCCAGCAGCAUCUGGAAAGAGAUUCAAACCCAGCAAGUAUGUCCCAGUAUCAGCUGCUGCGAUCUUCUUAGUAGGAGCCACCACUCUCUUCUUCGCUUUUACGUGCCCAGGGCUCAGCUUCCACGUCUCUCCAGUCAUCCCCAUUUACAAUGCUGUGGUCUUCCUUUUUGUACUGGCAAACUUCAGCAUGGCCACCUUCAUGGAUCCAGGCAUAUUUCCUCGAGCUGAUGAGGAUGAAGAUAAGGAGGAUGACUUCCGAGCUCCACUUUACAAGACAGUGGAGAUAAAGGGAAUCCAGGUGCGCAUGAAAUGGUGUGCAACAUGCCGCUUCUACCGACCUCCACGCUGCUCCCAUUGCAGUGUCUGUGACAACUGUGUUGAGGAGUUUGACCAUCAUUGUCCUUGGGUGAACAACUGCAUUGGACGGCGCAAUUACCGCUAUUUCUUCCUCUUCCUGCUCUCACUUACAGCACAUAUUAUGGGUGUAUUUGGCUUUGGCUUACUGUAUGUUCUGUAUCAAGUGGAAGAGCUCUCUGGGAUCCGCAUGGCUGUCACUAUGGCUGUGAUGUGUGUGGCUGGCUUGUUUUUCAUUCCUGUGGCUGGCCUUACAGGAUUCCAUGUAGUGCUGGUAGCUAGGGGUCGCACUACUAAUGAACAGGUUACUGGCAAAUUCCGGGGUGGAGUAAACCCAUUUACCAAUGGCUGCUGUAAGAAUGUCAGCCGUGUCCUUUGCAGCUCCCCAGCACCCAGAUACCUUGGGCGGCCAAAACCAGAGCAGAGUGUGUUAGUGAGGCCACCGUUCCUGCGGCCAGCAAUAUCAGAUGGGCAGAUUGCUGUAAAGAUCAUGGACAACGGUAUUCAGGCUGAGCUGAAGAGAACAAAGUCCAAAGGAAGCCUUGAAGUGACGGAAAGCCAGUCUGCUGAUGCUGAGCCACCACCCCCACCCAAGCCAGACCUCAGCCGCUACACAGGCCUGAGGACGCAUUUAACCCUGGCCACCAAUGAGGACAGCAGCUUGCUAGGCAAGGACAGCCCUCCAACUCCAACCAUGUACAAGUACCGACCUGGCUAUAGCAGCAGCAGUACUUCAGCUGCAAUGCCUCACUCCACCAGCGCCAAGCUAAGCCGAGGAGACAGCCUGAAGGAGCCAACCUCCAUUGCUGAGAGCAGCCGAAAUCCCAGCUACCGCUCUGAGCCAAGUCUAGAGCCAGAGAGCUUUCGGUCUCCCACCUUUCCCAAGAAUUUCCAUUUUGAUCCUCUAUCCAGUGGCUCCCGCUCCUCCAGCCUCAAGUCUGCCCAAGGCACAGGCUUUGAAUUAGGCCAUCUUCAGUCAAUCCGCUCUGAGGGCACCACGUCCACCUCCUACAAGAGCUUGGUGAACCAGACACGCAAUGGGAGUUUGUCAUAUGACAGCCUUCUCACACCCUCUGAUAGCCCUGACUUUGAGUCAGUGCAGGCAGGCCCGGAGCCAGAAACCCCCAUGGGUUAUACUUCUCCUUUCCUUUCAGCCCGUAUUGCUCAGCAGCGGGAGGCUGAUUUGCACAGUCGUUUCCCAAGCUCUGGCUCACCUAAGCACCAGCCACCUCGUGAUCCUUCACCUGUCCGCUAUGACAAUCUCUCACGCCACAUUGUGGCCUCCAUGCAGGAGAGGGAGAAGCUGCUGCAGCAGUCACCCACACCACCACCUCUGGCCAGGGAGGAGGAUACAGGGUUAGGAGACUCGGGCAUCCAAUCCACACCAGGCUCCAGCAAUGCCCCACGUACCAGCUCCUCCUCGGACGAUUCCAAACGUUCGCCUCUUGGCAAGAAUCCACUCACCCGCCCAGUGCCGCCUCGCUUUGGUAAACCAGAACCAUCACAUGCACUCAGAGUGCGCUCACUGGGCUCACCAGACCAGCCUGCAGCCCCCCACUUGGGCAAAUCUGUGUCUUACAGCAGCCAAAAACAGUCACCCCAUGCCAUCGUCCCAGAGACAGAGGAGGUGGCCUUGCAGCCUUUACUGGCACCAAAAGACGAGGUGCAGAUGAGACCUUCCUACAGCAAGUCCAAUGGACAGCCCAAGAACCUGGGCUCAACUUCGCCCACCCCAGGCCAGCCACCUCUCAGCAGCCCCACUCGCGGAGGAGUCAAGAAGGUCUCUGGAGUGGGUGGGACUACGUAUGAAAUUUCUGUAUGAGGAGGGGAAUCUCUCCACUGUCGUCAUCUCCUUGGGUGAUUCUAAAAUGCAUUGUCCCUGGUGAGCAAGAAAGGGGGACAUGCUCAGCAGACAGUUACCCCAUCACAUGCA